AUGGCGGUAACGAAGCGACCGAUCUACGCCCUCACUAAAUGGCUUCGCCGGCAACCGCCCAAAAUAAAGCUAUUUCUCGCGGUUCUUUCCGGACUUAUAGUUCUGCUUUUUCUUCGUAUGGUUGUUGACGACCACGAUAACCUCUUCAUAGCGGCUGAGCUUGUGCAUGCAUUGGGAAUUUGCCUCCUCAUUUACAAACUCGCUCAGGAAAAAACCUGUGCUGGGCUCUCACUUAAAUCACAGGAACUCACAGCUAUCUUUCUAGCUGUUAGACUAUACUGCAGUUUUGUCAUGGAAUACGAUAUACACACCUUACUCGAUAGUGCAACAUUGGGGACGACCCUCUGGGUUAUUUAUAUGAUACGUUUCAAACUGAAAUCCAGUUAUAUGGAUGAUAAAGAUAACCUUGCAAUAUACUAUGUGGUGAUACCGUGUGCUGUGCUGUCUUUGCUCAUUCAUCCAAAAACCCAGCAUCAUACUAUCAACCAGAUUUUCUGGGCUUUUUGUGUUUAUCUUGAAGCUGUAUCAGUUCUACCUCAAUUGCGAGUCAUGCAGAACACUAAGAUUGUUGAACCAUUCACAGCACACUAUGUUUUUGCCCUUGGAAUUGCAAGGUUCUUGAGUUGUGCACAUUGGGUCCUCCAGGUAUUAGAUUCUCGCGGUCAACUACUAACUGCUUUGGGUUAUGGAUUGUGGCCUUGUAUGGUACUUGUAUCAGAAAUUGUCCAAACCUUCAUCCUAGCAGAUUUUUGCUACUACUACGUCAAGAGCCUUGUUGGGGGACAACUCGUUGUUCGGCUUCCUUCCGGAGUUGUGUAA